AUGAACCUGUGCUUUGUAUUUAGUUUAUUCAAAAUGAAAAUACCGAUGUUUGGCGGACUUCACAAAUUCCAUUCGUAUUCCUAUCUGCUUAUGCAAUCAUCAUUAUUCUCCCUAAGACUUCCAAAAUAUUCAAGCUUGCAAACUCGUUUGUUACAUUCGGGACACAAAACAGAAUUAUUUGGUGAUAAAAAAGAAUCUUGGGUACCCAUAUAUCGUUUCCGUUCCAUAAUUUUUCUACAGGCGAUCUCACAACUUAAAAUUAUAUUAACUGGCUCAUUAAUUUCUGGCUGUCCAGUAGCUAUAUACAAAUACCUACAUGAUCAAGUUUCUUCCUCAUUAGUUUAUACAUUUCUGGGUUGUGCCGCGUUUUCCCUGUGCAGUCUGAUUAUUUUCAGUUGGCUCAGCAUAAAAAUUGUGGGAGUCGUUAGUAUUCACAGAGAGUCUGGUCUAGUACGCAUCGGACAUUUAACAUUUUGGGGAAAACGUCAAAAUACAAUUUUGAAUUCAGGUCAAAUAGUCCCACCAUCGGAUCUUAACGAAACACCGGGAAAAAAAAGUUAUGUUCGUAUUGGGAUAAUUAAUGCAAAUCCCAAUUCCACAAAACCUUUGGGUAUUGGACGAACCUUUCUUCUAACUAGAGGGAGAUCGGAAAUAUUAGACAGAGAAAAAUUCAAGCAGAUUUUCGGAUUUAUAUGA